AGGAAACUGGGCAGAGCUGGUGCUCCGGCUGGGCUGGCCGCUGGGCCACAGACUGGAGCCAAGCUGGGUCUGAGGACUGUUCGGCUGGAAGGAAUGCUUUUCCCUGGGCUCCCUGUUGUCCCUCAUCUCCAACAUCCCCGUUGGAGAACCUGCAGAUCGAAAGAGAAUUCAAAGACCUCUCAACCAACGCACACGCGCAGAUCCGAUCUCAUCCUGGUUCAAACUGUUAGAAACCCCAAAUCACUGACAGCAAAACCAGCCAUUUAUCCAGCUUAAUGAGAGGGAUGGAAAGGUGAACAAUCACCAGCUAGAAUGUGAUCUGGCCAAGCAGGGGCUGCUUCUGACUUGGGCAUUCCUGGGUCGCCAAACCUGGAACUGCCUGGCACAUAGCUGCUGGAAUGGAGAGCCCCCUGGCAGACUGUGCUCAGGGUGGGCAUUUCCAUGUGGUCACUCCUCUGCUGGAGAGCUGGGCACUAUCCCAGGUGGCAGGCACGACCGUCUUCCUCAAGUGUGAGAACGUGCAGCCGGCCGGCUCCUUCAAGAUCCGGGGCAUUGGGCAUUUCUGCCAGGAGGCGGUCAAGAGGGGAUGCAGACACUUGGUGUGCUCCUCAGGGGGCAACGCAGGCUUUGCUGCUGCUUAUGCCGCUUGGAAGCUGGGCAUCCCUGCCACCAUUGUGCUCCCUGAGGGCACCUCCCCGCACGUGGUGAGGAGGCUGCAGGGGGAGGGGGCUGAAGUCCAGCUGGCUGGAAAGGUCUGGGACGAGGCCAGCCUGAAGGCACAAGAGUUGGCCAAGAGGGAUGGUUGGGUGAACGUCCCUCCGUUUGACCACCCCCUGAUCUGGGAAGGCCAUGCCAGCCUGGUGCGAGAGCUGAAGGCAGCACUGGGGACCCCACCGGGGGCCCUUGUGCUGGCAGUAGGCGGUGGAGGGCUCCUAGCUGGGGUGGCAGCUGGCCUCAUAGAGGUGGGCUGGCAGCAUGUGCCCAUCAUCACAGCAGAGACCCAAGGGGCACACUGUUUCAAUGCAGCCAUCAAGGCAGGCAAGCUAGUCACACUGCCAGACAUCACCAGUGUGGCCAAGAGCCUGGGUGCCAAGACUGUGGCCAGGAGGGCCCUGGAGUGCACGAAGGAGCUGGAGAUCUUCUCUGAGGUAGUGGACGAUGCCCAGGCCGUGAGUGCUGUGCAGAAGUUCCUGGACGACGAGCGCAUGUUGGUGGAGCCUGCCUGCGGGGCAGCUCUGGCUGUCAUCUACUCAGGCCUCCUGGGGAGGCUCCAGGCUGAGGGCCGCCUGAGCCCCUCCCUGGCCUCGGUCGUGGUCAUUGUGUGUGGAGGCAACAACAUCAACAGUCAAGGGCUGCAGGCCCUGAAAGCCCAGCUGGGUCAGAGCUGAGGGCCCCUCCACCGAACGGACACACCCGCAGGUGGCCGAGGGGCCUCUGGGCUCAUGGAUGGUGCAGCCGCCUCCUACAGGAAGCCCUCCUGCUCCCUGUGACUCCCCGCAGCCCUGGCCAAUAAAACCUUUCUGAGUUGAAUUUGUAA